AUGGCGACUAUGACGGUGACAGAGACGCAGCAUAAGAGGAGGCUACCAAAGAAUGUCAAAUUGCCACCCGAGAAUGAACGUUACAUGCGUGCGUGCGCAGAUAUCGCCUCAGCGCUCAUUCAGGACUAUGAAUCCCAGGCCGACGGUUCAAAACCUAAAAAGGACCUGAACCUGAACUCGCUACGGGGGCAGAUCGCGAAGAAGCACUACCUUAAGAGCCAGCCUCCGCUCACGGCGAUUAUCGCGGCUGUGCCUGAGCACUACAAGAAAUAUAUCCUCCCAAAGCUCAUCGCCAAGCCGAUCCGAGGUCCAGACUCCGACUUUGAGUACUCAACACAGUCCUACACAGGUUACGAGCCAACAUCUAUGCGCGCUAUUCGAGCGCGAUAUGAUCCUUACGAGCAGGCUCGUGGACGAGUCGACCAGAUCAAGUCGCUCGGUCACAGUGUCGACAAAGUUGAGUACAUCAUUAUGGGCGGCACAUUCAUGUCACUACCAGAGUCAUACCGGGACGAGUUCAUCUCACAACUACACAACGCGCUUUCGGGAUAUCAAACCAAAGACGUUGACGAGGCUGUUGCCGCCGGUGAGAUGAGUAACAUAAAGUGCGUUGGUAUCACCAUCGAAACACGACCAGAUUACUGUUUGGAUCAACAUCUUUCCUCCAUGUUACGCUACGGAUGUACGCGUCUCGAGAUCGGUGUACAGUCCCUUUACGAAGAUGUAGCGCGCGACACGAACCGAGGCCACACUGUCGCCGCCGUAGCGAAGACCUUCUGUCUCUCCAAAGACGCUGGUUUCAAGGUUGUUUCACACAUGAUGCCAGAUCUUCCCAACGUCGGGAUGGAGCGUGAUCUCGAUCAGUUCGUAGAGUACUUCUCGAACCCAGACUUCCGCACUGAUGGACUCAAGAUCUAUCCUACACUCGUCAUUCGCGGCACAGGACUCUACGAACUCUGGCGGACAGGAAGAUACAAGAACUACACACCAAACGCUCUCAUCGAUAUCGUUGCCCGCAUCUUGGCCCUAGUACCGCCAUGGACGCGAAUCUACCGUGUGCAGCGCGAUAUUCCCAUGCCGCUUGUCACAUCCGGUGUUGAGAAUGGUAACUUGCGAGAGUUGGCGCUGGCAAGGAUGAAGGACUUCGGUACCUCGUGUCGCGAUGUACGGACGCGCGAAGUCGGCAUCAACGAAGUGAAGCACAAGAUCCGCCCCGAUCAGGUCGAAUUGGUACGUCGGGACUACACGGCUAACGGCGGUUGGGAGACAUUCCUCGCAUACGAAGACCCGAAACAGGACAUCUUGAUCGCCCUGCUUCGUCUACGACAAUGUUCGAAAGAACAUACCUUCCGGCCAGAGUUGACUGGCCAGCCCUCUUCGCUGGUACGCGAACUGCACGUCUACGGAUCUGCUGUCCCUAUACAUGCAAGAGACCCGAAGAGGUUCCAGCAUCAAGGUUAUGGUACGCUUUUGAUGGAGGAGGCAGAGCGGAUAGCCAGGGAAGAGCAUGGAAGCAGUAAGAUCAGUGUUAUCUCUGGUGUUGGUGUGCGAAGUUACUACGGCAAACUGGGUUACUGGCUUGACGGCCCGUACAUGAGCAAGACGCUCGAGCCGCUGUGGGAGAGGGACUGGUAG